CCGCGGAGGUGGCAAGGGCAAGGACAAAGGCAAGGACUACAACGCCAGCCGACCUCGGCAGCACUCGACGAAUGCCAGCCCGCCGCGCGAUGCCUACCUGCGCGGCGCUAUUGGGGGCGCGCGCCAGUCGACAGCCAUGUUCAAACAGAAAAAAGCUGACCGUGCUGAGAAGCGCGAGCGCAAGGCGCUCGCCUCCAGGAUCCGUGAUAAUGUAGCCCCUGCCAUCAACGGGCUCGUCGGCGGCGACAGCGCCCGCGCGCAGGUCGAGAAGAACAAGCGCGAGAAGAAGGAUGCGAAUACCAAGGCGCUUGGUUUCCUGAAGAUGGCCAGCGCUCAGGACAGCAGCAGCGCCGCCAGUAGCUCAUAUCGCGACAACAUGUCCCAGUCCAUUGCGAAAAAGAUGAUUGAGAAAAGCACGCGGAACGAGAGCGAGCAGAUCGACUUCCAGAUUUUGAGGGCCCCGGUGGAACAAUUUCGCGCCCAGCAGAACAAUGCUGAUUUUGAGGUAUCGGGCGAUGGCGAUGGGCGCGCCCUCCAGCAGCUCCUCUCAGCCGCCAACAACAAAUGCCAUAAUAAGGACCUCAAUUCGUUCGCGCAGAGCCUCGCCGCGCCCAGCAGCAAUGGGGGGGGGGCCUCCACCCUCGCGCAGAUGUUGCAGAUCGUGCGCGGCUCUCCGAAGAAGGACGAGGCGGCGCGCAAGCUUGCCAACCCUGGCUCCGAGGAGCCCGCAGGUGAGACGCCCGUCGCCGCCGCCGACCCAGAGCGCGCGCCUGCCGUGGAAGAGCUCGCGAACUCCGUGGCCCCACUCCAGGGGGUCCGUAAUUUCCCGUGCGGGAGCGAGGGAUUAUUGUCAGAGCUUGCCAAAGUGGAAGGAAUCACCCAGUCCGUUUUGAACGGUUGGUUGAAGUCUUCGCAGCUCUCCACGAGCACGGGCCGCAACAAACUUGAGAAGCUAGA